AUGUGUGCAAGACGGUUGCACAAAAUGCAUGUGCACAAGUUUAAGUCCAUUUGCAUUAUGGAGAGCGAACCAAAUCAAUUUCCACUCAGUCGGGGGGCCAAUAGAGACACGCUGGCAACUGUGCUGAAGGGCCAGGCAGAGGAUCAGGUUGCAAAUAAGGCGCCAUUUACUCGUCGCCUCUCAGACUUGCAGGAAGUGGAGGCAAGGCUAGACUGGACUGUACCUCUACCCAUGACCUGGUCGAUGUUGAAGGGAUUACUUAUGCAGAGAUCGGAGCAUUUAGUAGAGACGAUGUACUCGAUUGUGCGCAAGUGUGCUGUCCGACCUUCAUACCUGCGUCUGUGGGCGUGUUUCUGUAUGCUUGCGCAAAGCUACCAAUGA